AUGCCGUCUGUCUCUUCCAAAUCUCCGUUUCCGCCUCCGCCAGAAUUUUACAAACUCUACCGGCAAUCGGGAGGCAAGAAAGAUGAGACAGAAACAAAGACUCCUCCGUUACCUCCAUUACUUCCAGAGCGAGGCGAAACGUACGAAACGUUCGGCGCGACGCACGCGGAUCCAUCCAAGUUGCUCGCGCCUGAACUGUUGAUAGACGAUCCGGAUUUCCCGUUUCAAAAGUUAUACACGAUUGUCCCUCAAAACACCGACAACAACAAGAAGAAAAUCAUAAACGCUAAGGGAGAAAUACAAAAACUUAAUAGGGAGAUUCUAGAACGAUUUGCGGCACUCGCGAACGAUUUGCAAAACGCUCCGAGUCGAGCGAACGAGCGCAUAGAGGAAAUUGCAUUGCUGUAUAAUAACUUGCAUCAUUUGCUCAACACGAUACGGCCGCUGCAAGCGCGGGAAACCAUCGCCUUUAUACUGAAGCAACAAAUCGAAGAGAAAAAACAGGCGUUGAAGGAACUGCAAGAGAGUUUGAAAGUAGAUGAAUAA